AUGCAGGGCAGUGUGGCUCCACAACAGCUCACAACAAAGCAUCUUUGCAUCUUUGUACUGUUGCUGACCGUGAUCUUCCUUGCAGUGGACGUUGUGCUCUCUGAUCGUAUGCUAGACUUUUCAGUGGUGUGUGGCACUCGAUGCGAGAAGAAGCAUAUGCGAGCCAGGAUGAAAGCUGCCUUUGGGUCAGUUCAUAAAGCAGGCCGGUUGACCUCGGCAUCCACGAAUGUGUCCACAGUAUGCGUUGACGAUGCUUGUGGUGAGAAUAGCUGUUGCUGCGCUGUGGAGAGAGUGCCCGACAUGCAACUCACGCCGGACCUGAACACAGUACCUGACGAACAUGCACUGAUAACCCGUCUCAAGGUGACCGACAUCAAGGAAGGCGGCUGGUGGCAGCCGCAUGGUUGUACUGUGGAGCAUUCGCUGGCCAUUGUCAUCCCAUUUCGUAACCGCGAAGCGCACUUGCUGAUCUUUCUCCAGCACAUUCACCCGUACCUGCAGAGACAGAAGUUGGCGCACACAAUCUACGUUGUUGAUCAAGUUGACAAGCUGCCGUUCAACCGGGCAAUGUUAUUCAACGUCGGAUAUCGCGAAGCUAUGGCCGAGCGCAACUACACAUGUUUAUCAUUUCACGACGUUGACAACAUACCUGUGGAUCCGAUGCUGAGCUAUCGUUGUGGACCACAGCCACAGCACAUGGCAGCGAGGACAGACAAAUGGAGAUGGGGCUUGCCGUAUGCUGCAUUUACUGGUGGCGUUAGCAAACAGUCACCCGGCCAGGUAGAGAAGAUGAACGGAUUUGCAAAUCGCUUCUGGGGCUGGGGCGGCGAAGACGAUGACAUCCUGACACGUUGGAAAGCAGCCGGAUACAAGUUUACCCGUCCGCCCUCUCCUGACGGUCGCUUUGCCACAGUAAAGCGCGACCACUUCCAGUCGUCUAAACCUAAUCCGCAACGUUUCAAGUUGCUGAAAACCAGUGGGGCAAGAAUGCGUUCGGACGGCUUGAAUGAUCUGAAGUAUAAAUUAGUGGAAAAGAAAAAGCAUGCUCUCUAUACUCGCCUGCGUGUUGAGCUGAGGAGGUAG